UUCGGUGAUGAGAAAUUGUGAAAGCUGUGCAAAAUAUGCUACUAUAAUUCUUGACGAUGUCUUGGAUGGGCUACAAAUCUCAAUUAUUAGCAAAAAAUCGUGUCGCAAGAGUGCACGCAAAGUGUUCUAUAAAAUGCCUAGCGUGGAUUUUCAUUAUUCAAAGGCCUUACUAUCGUUUUCUUAAAAUUAGUAGAGUGUUCAUUAAGAGCUUAUUGUUAAGAGCUUCAAGAAUUAGAUUUAAACAGAAAGAUAAUAAAAGAAAACAUAAGACCAUUGUUCCCUUCUUGUUAGUAUCUUAUUUACCUUUCAAACUGUAAUCCCCCUGUUAUUGAAAGCUCUAUUAUCUGAUAUGAGAAGCUUUGUUGGAAAUUCCACGUCUGUAAAAUUUUGCUGCAGUGAAAUUAUUAUUGCUCUUUAUCCAUUUCCUAUUGCAGCCAACAUGUUCACCAAUGAACGGAGACAAGAAGAGCGCACUGGGAAAUAUGGAACUCCCAGGAUGCAAUAUCUUCAGGAAUUGGUCUCACAGUUUCAGAAUGCAUCUAAUGAAGAAUCAAAAGAGAAGAUUGUUGCUAAUUUAGCAAACUUUGCUUAUGAUCCUUUCAAUUACACCUUUUUACGCCAGCAGUUAAAUGUUUUGGAACUUUUUCUUGACUGCAUAACAGAGCCCAAUGAGAGGCUUGUGGAGUUUGGCAUUGGGGGAAUCUGCAAUUCCUGUGCUGAUCCAGCAAAUGCUGCAGUUGUUACUCAGUGUGGGGGGAUCCCUCUCGUCAUCCAAUGUUUAUCUAGCCCUGUUAGAAACACUGUAAAUUAUGCUCUUGGUGCACUUUACUAUCUCUGCAAUGAAUUGAAUAAGGAAGAGACUUUGAAACCCGAAGUAGUCGAUGUCAUCAAACGGUAUGCUGCAUCUGGCGCAAUUAGCGCGAGCUUUAGUAAUUUGGCUCAUGCAUUUUUAGAUAAGCAUGUCUCUGAGCUCGACUAAAGGCCUCUGCACGUGAUUAACCCAAUCUCAUUGCAUUGAUGUUCUAAAUUGGAUCGCAAGUUUUGCGUACACCUUGAUUGUCACUAUCCUCAGAUGCUUGCUUAUGUAGAAUUGUUAAUCUGCUGUCAUCAUUCUAUUCAAUUAACCGAAGUUAAGAAAGCCCAGCUAGUAAAUUUCACAGCCAAAUUUCUUUUUGUUAUUAUUUAGUUGUUACUAUUCUGUAAUUUUUGAUUCUGAUUUCUCUUUUACCCUGUUAUAUUUUUGAGUUUGUUAUAAAAUUAUUUAAGCAAAAGCUGACUUCUAACGAAGUUUUGUGCUAUUUUAA